AUGGCACUUUCAAACUUCAACGUCGCAAUGUUCGACCAGAGCGGAUUGGGCCUCGUGACCCACCAGCACAAGGUUUACACAGACACCAAGCCAUAUGUCGACGAUUUCUCUUUCGAUCAUGGCGCGUCGGCAGCUGGUCAGGGCUACUAUCCGAGCAACUUUAUGGAGUCACCCACCCUUCCUCCCCCGACAGUUUUCGAUACUGGCCUCCCGAACCACUACUCUGGCCCAUCGGCGUCGGCCAUCACUAUGGCGCCCAUGCCUACAAUCCCCGCGCCCAUCAACAGUUCCGCCCUUGCCGCCAACCUUCAGCGAGUCGUUGACACAAGCGCAAACGCACUACAGCUCGACACGACGUCGCUCACUCCCUCUGGUUCCCCCCGAACUGGCGGCUACCCCAGCCCAUCGUUCCAGCUCUCGCCAACUCCAGGCUUAACCAACCCGACGACCACCCCCGGCCCCCGAUCCCACUCACGCUGCUCGUCACACUCAUCGUCUGAUGGCCUCGCGAGCGGUUUCACCUCGGUCGUCGUGACUCCUGGUGGCGGCUCUCCCGUCCUUCCCAUCCGCACGUCGCUCGGUGGCGGCGGUCGCAAGAACUCUGCCGUCGCCAACGGUACGUUUAUCCCCAAGAAGAGCCACCUUUGCCCGUACCCGGCUUGCGAGCGCCACACGCGCACAUUCCGCUCCAACGCAGACCUGCAGCGCCACAUUCGCUCUCACAAGGGAGAGAAGCCCCACAAGUGUCCAUCGACCGACUGCCAGAAGGCAUACGGCCAGCAGAACAAGAUGGUCAAGCACGUCGAGAGUCAACACCCCCACCUUCUGAGCAUGGUCGAGCUCGGUCGCACCCGCACCCGCCGCACGCCCGUGGCUCAGCGCAACAUGAACGUCCGUCGCGUCAGCGGUAACUCGCCGUACGCCAAGCCCUCGGCACUGGCGUAUACCUCGUACCCGAGCACGCCUGUUCAGUCGCCGCCUCUGAUGACGGUCCCCACCUCGGCCGGCAGCCUCUACCACUCGCCCAUUGGUUUCCAUCACGCGCACGCCCGUCCCGCGCCUUACAUGCCUCGUUCCGGCGCGCCGCUCCACCAGAUGGCCCGCACUACCAGCACGGGCAGCACGGGCUCGGUCGGUGCCGGCCUCGGCGCUGGCUUCCCGAUGCUGCCGUCGUUCAACAACUGGUGGGCCCCGUCAUGA